CUUGAAUUAAACCACUAUUUCAAAGUUGUUAAGUGUAGCGGUAAUUCAAUGGUUUACUGUUUGCAAAGAUGGUUCUACAUGUCAUUGAGUUAUAAUUCCUUUACUGGUUAAGUAAAGUUUAUUUGAAUCACUACUGGCCUCUCUCUCUCAAAUAUUAUUUUAAAGUACCAGUUGACUCGUCGCAAGGAUAUAACUUACUGGACAUUACGAUUACUCAAUAUCAUAACUGAGUAUUAUGUCUAAUUUCGAAGCAGACAAGUUAUCACUCCGAGAAGAUGGUUGUACUUCCGUGGAAAUAAAUCAGAGUACACCUGCUACAGAAAAGUUAAGUAAACUUCCUCUCUCACGUGUUAAAAUAAUAGUAAAAACGGUGCCAUCUGUUUCUCUAGUUACUUCUGAGGCACUGGCUUCAAUUGGGUUUCUAUGUGAGCAGUUUAUACAAGAUUUUUGUCGUAGUGUUAUUGCAGUAACUGCACAAGAAGGCAAGAAAACCAUUACCAAACAACAUGUUCAGAGUACUGUUCAAUCAACCCAGAAGUUCGAGUUCCUUGAUGGGAUUAUCGAGUGACUUGUAUUCGCAGGAGGUUACUGCGUUAUAUCUAUUAUGUCAAACAUCCUCAUAACCAUCAAAGCAUCAUAAGACUUUCUGUCUAUUUUGUACAAUAAUAUUGAAAUACAACUGAUACCUGUUAAUAA